AUGCAGCUGCUAGUCAUGCUACAGUUUCUUCGAUCCACAGCCCGGGCCUGGGCCCUUUCCCCCAAUGAACUCCACACGCCUGAUCUCAGGGGCGCAGGAGGGUACGAGCCCAGCCCCUUCCGCGUAGCUGCAGAAGAGCUCUCGGAGCCUUUUGAGCAUUUCCUGCAGAGAAUUGCCAGGAGACCCAAGCCUCAGCAGUUCUUUGGGUUGAUGGGCAAAAGGGAUGCUGAGAUGCCCGGAGCCAGCCCCUCUCUGCCGGCCUCUUACAUGCACUCUUCCAACCUCAAAGUGCCUGAGACCCCCGGGAUGGGAGCCACUUUGCCUUAUACCUCAAUUGAAAAGCAAGUGGGCAUGUUAAAGGCUCUCUAUGGGCACGGCGGCCAGAUGUCUCACAAAAGGCAUAAAACAGAUUCCUUUGUUGGACUCAUGGGCAAAAGAUCUUUAACUUCUGGGUCCUCUGAGUGGAGCGCGGCGGCGGCGGCCCAGAAUUACGAGAGGAGGCGCAAAUGAGGCGUCCCCGGCGUCCCGCGAGCUCCCGCCAUCAGAGAUCCUCACCAGACAGAACCCUCACCAGACAGAACGACUAUUUAUUUAAUGGCACUUGUGGUUUUGAGUUGUGGUCCAAUCAGACGAUUAUUUUUCACAUUGUGACGCCCCAUCGGGUAGUGUUUUCUAGCUCUAGGCUCGUCCCUGGGAAAUGGGAGCCCCUGGCCUUUCCCCGCCAGCACAGCGUCGACUAGGAAGUGGGGGCUUCGGGCGUGGGGCCGCCCGCCAUCCCGGAGAAGGAAGGGCGCGGGAAUGGCCGUCCUCGCCCGCUAGGCGAAGCCUUCUGGAACGUGCGUGGCCCUGCCGCGUGGCUCAGGGUCUGUGAGCGAGUGGGAGAGGCAGGCUGAGAUGGGGUUGGGGGGCACCACAGGAAGGAGGGACAGAGCAGGAAGGAGGGCCUGCACCGGCAUGCAGGGGUGCGAGUGGGAUUUGUAGAGCUCCAUUUCACAGGACCGAGUUUGAUCGUUGUCCACAUUUUCCAUUAAAAACACCACUGGCAGCA